AAGGUAAUAAUCCUAUUAUUCGAUUUUUUAUGAGUUUGUUUGCUCAUGAGUCAUUUGUUUAUGCAAUUUCCUUGAUUUGGUUAUGCAAUUUUCAGACUUCUUUGAUUUUUUUAUGCGAUUUUUUGCUAUUAUGGUUUAUGUAUGCUUUGUUUAUGUGAUUUAAUCAUUUAAUGUUGUUCGUUUGUUAUUUUCUUACUCUGCAAUUUCUUUCGAACAUUUGAUUUGUUAUUUUGCGAUUAUUUGCGAUUUGUUUAUGCGAUUUUUUGCGAUUUAUUUAUGCGAUUUUUUGCCCUGAUUUGAUUUUCUUACUCUGCAAUUUCAUGAGUUUGAUUCUUUAUGUCAUGACUCAUGAGUUUAUACUUCUGUUUUUCAUGUUUUAUCUUUUAUGCCAUGAGUGUAAUUCUUUUUUUAAUUUAUUCACAGAUGGCUAGAUGGCUGAUAGCCCUAAUCCUGAUGAACCCAUUGAUCUUCCGGAUUCUGAUUCAGAUGAUGAAGUUUCUAAUUCUCAUCAAACGGAAUCAAAGAAGAAAACCUCUAAUGUCACCUCGCUGAAUAAGCCUGGAAUUCAUUUCAAGCGCCAACGAAAGCUCACUUCAAAUGUGUGGGCAAAUUUUGAAUUCCUUGAUAAACCUGACGAACAAGGUAACAUCAUUUGCAAGUGUAAAAAAUGUGGGCAGAAAUAUAAUGCUGAAAGUAGGCAAGGAACUGGUAAUUUAAAACGCCACAUUAAGAAAUGUAAAAAAAGGACCUUUAAAGAUGUGGGUCAGAUGAUUAUUGAUUCAAGUAGUUCUGGUUCUAUGAUGAAUAGGCUUCCUACAAUUGAUUAUGAUAUUGUUCGUGAGAUGUUGUCUAUUGCUGUGGUGAAACAUAAUUUUCCUUUUCAGUGCUGUUAGGAAGUUGAUUAAUUACAUAAAUCCUGAUGUUAAACUUGUGUCUCGAAAUACUUUGAAGGCUGAUGUUCUGAAAAUGUUUAAGAGGGAAAAAGAUAAACUUAAGGAGGAGUUGAGUGUAGUUAAGGGUAGGAUUUCUCUUACAUCUGAUUGUUGGACUUCAAUUACUACUGAUGGUUACAUGUCUUUGACUGGUUGAUAAUCAAUGGAAUUUGCAAAAAAAAAUUCUGAACUUUCGUUUUUUGCCUCCACCUCACACCGGUGUCAAUAUGUCUGACCAUGUCUAUGAUUUUCUUAAAGAGUGGGGUAUCCAAAAGAAAAUCAUGUGUAUUACUCUUAAUAAUGCUUCCUCUAAUGAUGUGUUUGCUGAUGUAAUUAAAAAUGAACUUGAUUUGGUAUGUGAGGGGGAUUAUUUCCAUGUGAGGUGUUGUGCACAUAUCCUAAAUUUAAUUGUGCAAGAUGGGUUAAAAGAAAUUAAUGAGGCUGUUGUUAAGGUGAGAGAAACUGUGAAGUAUUGUAAAGGGUCUCAGGCUAGAAAGCAACGUUUUUUGACUUGUGUGGCACAUGUUGAACUAGACUCAAGUAGAGGAGAGGAUUGAGACAAGAUGUCCCUACUAGAUGGAAUUCAACUUAUUUGAUGUUAGAGAAUGUUUUGUACUACAAAAAAGCUUUUCUUCAUUUUCAAAAGGUUGAUGCCAAUUACAUUCAUUGUCCAACAAAUGAGGAGUGGGGGAGAAUAGAGAAGUUAUUCAGAUUUUUGAAGGUCUUUUUUGAUGUGACAAAUGUUUUUUCGGGUACUAAUUAUCCUACCGCUAAUGUAUACUUCCCAAAUGUGUUGAAAAUCCGUUUACUCUUGAAAGAGGAGCUUGAAAAUUCUGAUAACUUCAUGCAUAAGAUGGCAGCAAGAAUGAAUGAGAAAUUUGCUAAAUAUUGGACCAACUUUAGCAUAAUCAUGGCUGUGGCUGUUGUUCUAGACCCUCGAUUUAAGUAUGAGUUUGUGGAGUGGGCUUUUAAGAAGGUGUAUGGGGAAAUAGAGGGUACUAAUGAGUUGGUGAAGUUCAAGGAAAGGUUGGAUUAUUUAUAUGGUGCUUAUGUGACAGAGGCUUCCACAACAACACCACGAACAAGGCGUCGUUCUUCUAGACAGCCUAAUGAAGAGCAAGUUGAUGUUGCUUCUGAUUCUUUUAUGAUGGACUUUGAUAACUUCUCUUCUAGCAAAUCAUAUGUUGCUGCUAAAUCUGACUUGCAAAUCUACUUGGAAGAGCCAUUGAUUCCUCGUGCAACCAACAUUAAUAUUCUAUAUCAUUGGAAAACAAAUGUUGUGAGGUAUCCAAUUCUUUCAAAGAUGGCAAAGGACAUCCUUGCAAUCCCUAUUUCAACAGUAGCUUCAGAAUCUGCCUUCAGGUGGUCGAGUUUUGGACUGCUAUAGAAGCUCUUUGAAACCAAACACAGCAGAAGCUAUCAUUUGCCUCAAAGAUUGGACUUUUGGUGAAGGUAUGAAAAUAGUUUAUGUAUUUAAAAUUACAAUUUUUUUUGUUUCUUUUGUGUACUAUUUUAUUUAUGCUUAAGGCUGAAAUUAACUUUUGUAUGUAUUCUUUUGGUUGUAGCUAAUAUGGAUCCGCAAUUGCAAGAUUUAUGUGGAAAAAUCAUGGCCAUGAAAGUCAACGAUGAUGUGGGGGAUACUCCCAGCCCUCCACAAAGUGCACCAGAAAGUCCUGCUGUCAUGGAGAGUCAAACCUGAUUAUGUUGUUAAUUUCUUCUAAAAUUAGUUGAUGAAACUGUUACUGUUAUUUUGGACAUGUAUUUGGUUUUCUAGUUGAACUUUUAUUUGCCUACUUGGAAGUAUUUUGGACAUGUAACUCUUGGAAAUAUUUUGGACUUGUUGGAUGGCUACUUUUCAAGUUUUAGUUGCUGUUGUGAGUGUAUGAAGUAUGGACAAUGCACUAAUGCAGCAGGAUUUUCUUGAAUUA